AUGAAAAAUCUCUUCUUCUCCUUCUUCAAGUCUCUGGUGGGCAAAGAUGUCGUCAUUGAGCUCAAAAACGAUUUGAGUAUCUGCGGAACUCUGCACUCAGUAGAUCAAUAUCUCAACAUGAAGCUCACAGACAUCACCGUCUCCGAUCCAGAACGUUUCCCACACAUGGUUUCAGUGAAGAACUGCUUCAUCCGCGGAUCCGUAGUCAGAUAUGUCCAACUUCCAUCAGACCAAGUCGACACACAGCUCUUGGCUGAUUCAUGCCGGAAAGAACUAGCCGAUUCGAAGGCAAAACAAUGA